UAUGUGACCGACUAGAGCCUCUGCUACUAUGUCGGCUGACCGCAAUAGGUCGAAUAGAUACUCGAAUCAAGCGAUAAAUCGAUGUAGGUUGUGUAUUGGUGUCAAUAGUCGAACAAUGUGCGUUUCUGUUUACAAACAUUCCUAACUGUUGACAUUUAUUACAUUUAUUAUAGAUAUUUGUAAAUGAUGAUGUUACAGUUUCCAGUAAUGACAGCUAAUUUCCAUUUGAACUGGUAUACGGUUUAGAACAUAUAAAAUGGAGCUACUGAAUUACAGUAAUAUUAGUGGAGAGAGCUCCCACUGCCUCGUUUGUGGUUCGCAUUCGUUAUCACAUUACGUUGAUCUGACUUUAGACACUUCAUACACAGCCCAGAGUGAGACACCGGUAAAAGACAAACUGAGAGCAAUAAUUGGAGAUAAGUGGAUAAUACCACAACCCAACCCUUCCGUUUUAGUGUGUAUUCCGUGCGUUCAGUUAGUCAAUCAAUACGACAUUGUUGAAGCUCAGUUGUAUAGCAUAAAGGCACAGCUGUGUGAGAAGUAUGUUAGUUUCCAUGGCAGCAUUGAAUCGACAGAAAUACAGCGUGCAACAUGCAUGGAUGUGGACAAACAAAACGCCGAAGACGCCGGAUGCACAAGAGGCAAACGACAGGCAGCUCAGAAAACGCGCAGUUCUUCUGGGAGGAAGAAGAAAUUGGGAUCUGAGAAAAAGGAACUUCUGACGUUAGAACCUAUUCAUAAUGCCUGCGCUCAGGGAAAUGGAAAGAAAAAUAAAGUGGGUUCCAGUUUUCAUUGGCCUCAGAGUGCAGUUGAUGCCUUCCUACAAAAUACUACUCACUUGUCAGAGAUUCCAGGAAAUAGCCAUGUAAUACAAAGAGAAACGGAUCACAUAAUACAGCCUUACAACAAUAACAUAGAAAAUACUUCUUGGAAAACAACACAGACUGGAUCAAAUCUUUCCAAUGAAUCAAGCAAAACACAUCUUCAAGAUUCUCAUAAUGUAUUGCCUGAAGAUGAACUAAGUGCAGAACAACCUGAAGCAGUAUAUGAUGAACUUCAUGGAAUGUUGAUUCCAGGUGAAAGAUUACGGAUAGGAAUUGCAUUGUGUGUUGAGGGGAGCACAUCAUACAAUUGUUGUUAUUGUGGUCAUUUAUUUAUGAAUGAUGUGAACUUAAGAGGUCAUGUUCUUUCUUCUCAUCAACCUGAAGUUUUGACAGCUCAGAUCCCAGUCGAGCUUGGAUUGGGAACAAAAGUUAACUGUGGAGUUCAGUUGUCAAAUGUUACAGCUGUUUCUGAAUUUGCAAAGCCAUUUGUUUGUAUUUUUUGUGAUGGAGCAUUCAAGUUUAAGAGUAACAUAUUUCUUCAUUUCAAGGAGAAACAUACGCCAUAUAAGCCAUUUUCGUGUGUGGAUUGCCAAGAAAAUUUCAGACGCACUAUCGAACUUUCAAGGCAUCGGGUGUAUUAUUGCCCCUUUAGGAAGAAGGCCCAAAAUGUACAUGAAAAGAAAUUGAAAUAAUUUAUUAAAUCUAUUGUAAUGAAUAUUUUAUGAUUGAAAUAAAAACUGCAGUUCAUUUUAUUA